CAAAUACCUUCCGGAUGGCCGACCUGCCCUUUUCACUGCCCCCGAGGGUUUCCAGCAAGGCCGGCAGCCCCAUCAUGCCUUUCAAUCCUUCUAAACUACUACCUGAGAAAAGUCCGAUCUUCGACGAGGCGGCCUUCAUUCCUCCGGACGCGUCCUCCCCAGACAGCUCGCCCGCGCACUCCUUUGAUUCCGCUGAAGGCGACCCCUUGGAGCAGACAGAGCCGACAGCCCCUACACAGAAAAGCUCUCGAGAGCAAUUGCAGGACGACCAACCCGGAUACGAUCUCAAAGCUCCCCCUCCUUUCAUUUCGCACGCCAAUGGGGAACGACUGUCGGACAAGCUGUUCUCCGCCAGCCAUCUCGAUCUAAUAUUGCGCGACGAUGAUUUGGCGCGCCCGUUUAAAGCCUUCAUUGAUAGAUACAGGCCAUUGUUAACACCAACUCUGUCGCAAUACAUUGAUUCGCAGAAAGCCACAUUUGCUGUGCAAUAUGCGAACGCUGUGAUAGAGGAAAUGGGCUCCAGCCGGGCUCCGUCUAGAGCAGCCGCAACUCUGACUUCAUCCUUUUAUUCAAGGGCGCGACUAGCUCUCGAGGAAUUGGUUACUGGUGCAUUACCGGCGUGGAUCACGCAUCGAUAUAUAUCUUUGGUCACAGAGUGCUUGGUAAAAGAAAUAACGGGAAAUAAUGCGCCGCUCAUGAGGCAGCUUGUGCAAGGGCUGGCUGAGGUCUUUUGCUUGACGGACCCGUCAAUAGAGGAUAAUCCAAUUGUAUACGCGUCUGAAGAGUUCUUCAAGACCACACAAUACGGGAGGGAAUACGUGCUUGGCCGCAACUGUCGCUUUCUCCAAGGCCCAAAAACAUCGAAAGCAUGUGUCACACGACUCCGAUCAGCUAUAGACGGCGGGCAGGAAGUCUGCGACGUGAUUCUCAACUAUAAAAGAGACGGCACCCCCUUCAUCAAUCUCGUCCUGGUUGCGCCUCUAUACGACAACAAAGGCAAGAUCCGCUACUUCAUCGGCGCACAAAUCGACAUCACCUACCUUGUCGAAGGCGGCCGUGGCCUCGAGUCUUUCCAGCGCCUGCUGAGCGAAGAAGUUAACCGUAGCGCCUCAAUCAACUCCCUCCAUAAACCUUCCUUGAAAGAUCUCGCCGAACUCGGCCAACUUCUCGACAACGACGAAAAGCAUGCACUGAACUAUGAGCACCGCCCAAACAGUCGCAGUGAUUCCGGCCGCGACACCCCCAUGCGACCCAGCACCGCGCGCACCACACGACGUUACGUAGGCAUGGACGAAGCAGAGGCAGAGGCGAGCAUGUGGCCGCCGUCGCAAUUCGGCCCUUCGGGGCGGCUGCCGGGUGUGUAUCAGAAUUACUUCCUCGUUCGCCCCGCCCCCUCCCUCCGCAUCACCUUCCUCUCCCCGGCACUCCGCAUCCCAGGCCUCCUCCAAUCGCGCUUCCUCUCGCGCAUCGGCGGGCCCACACACGUCCGCGAGGGCAUCACAGAGGCGCUCACCCAGGGCAUCGGCGUCACGGCGAAGAUUUCCUGGCUGCAUAGCGUCCACCACUCCGCCACUGCGAGCUCCGAGGACUCGGAGACGGCCCCUGAUAACUCGGCUGACGGCAAGCCGCGCUGGGUCCACUGCACACCUCUUAUCGGCUCGGACUCGAAGGUCGGCGUAUGGAUGGUUGUAAUGGUGGAGCGAGAGGAUGUGACAGGGCGGUUGAAUGUCGCGGAGAGCUACCCGCGCGAUGUAGCGCCAGGGAUUGUGGGGGUUAUUGGGGGUGCGGCGGGGCAGUAUCACUAUCCCUUCAGGGGCGCGGCGGGGAAGAAGUUCGAGGGUGGGAAGCUGUACGCGGACUAUCUACGGCGAGAGGGCAAGUCCGAUGCGCCGAGCGAGCGGAGUGUAGCCAGCAGCAAUGGGCGGGACAGCAGGAGUUUCACUGGGUAUGGGGGCGCGGGUCUGCGGCCUAAGCGGAGCGGGAGCAGGCGGGCCGGGAGGGAAGAGAUGUUUGGGUUUCAGGAGGGUUGACAGCGAUAGUUUGAGCGGUGGGUGGAGUUAUAUGUGG